AAGGCGGAGGCGCAGCGCGGCCGCUCGGGGCUCCGGGGCAGGCAACAGCUGCCACGGCCCGCACCGCCUUCUCGACCGCGGCAGCCCGGCAAAGUUCCGAGAUGCCGGGCAGCGACACGGCGCUCACCGUGGACCGAACCUACUCGGACCCGGGCCGGCACCACCGCUGCAAGAACCGGGUGGAACGCCAUGACAUGAAUACCCUUAGCCUGCCCUUGAAUAUACGCCGCGGGGGGUCUGACACCAACCUCAAUUUCGACGUCCCUGAUGGCAUCCUGGACUUCCACAAGGUCCGGCUCAGUGCCGACAGCCUGAGGCAGAAGAUCCUGAAGGUCACCGAGCAGAUCAAAAUUGAGCAGACCUCUCGUGACGGGAAUGUGGCUGAGUACCUGAAGCUGGUCAACAGUGCAGACAAGCAGCAGGCAGGUCGCAUCAAGCAGGUGUUUGAGAAAAAGAAUCAGAAGUCAGCUCACUCCAUCGCUCAGCUGCAGAAGAAGCUGGAACAGUAUCACCGCAAACUCCGAGAGAUCGAGCAGAAUGGCACCGCCCGGAGCUCCAAGGACCUGCCAGCCUCUCUGAAGGAUGCCCAGGUCAAGUCUCGGACUGCUCCCCAUGGCUUGGAGAGCAGCAAGUCAGGCAUGCCUGGGGUGUCCCUCACGCCCCCUGUGUUCGUCUUCAACAAGUCCAGGGAGUUUGCCAACCUGAUCCGCAAUAAGUUUGGCAGCGCUGACAACAUUGCCCACCUCAAAAAUUCCUUGGAGGAGUUCCGGCCUGAGGCGAGUGCCCGUGCCUAUGGAGGCAGUGCCACCAUCGUGACCAAGCCCAAAUACGGCAGUGAUGAUGAAUGCUCCAGCGGCACGUCUGGCUCAGCCGACAGCAAUGGGAACCAGUCAUUUGGGGCAGGUGGGUCGGGCCCUCUGGACAGCCAGGGCAAGCUCAGCGUGAUUCUGGAGGAGCUCCGGGAAAUCAAGGAGACCCAGGCGCAGCUGGCUGAGGACAUUGAGGCGUUGAAGGUGCAAUUUAAGCGAGAAUAUGGCUUUAUCUCACAGACCCUGCAGGAGGAGCGAUACAGGUAUGAGCGCUUGGAAGAUCAGCUGCAUGACCUGACGGACCUACAUCAGCAUGAGAUGGCAAAUCUGAAGCAGGAGCUGGCCAGCAUCGAGGAGAAGGUGGCUUACCAGGCCUAUGAACGGUCCCGAGACAUCCAGGAAGCCUUGGAAACCUGCCAGACUCGCAUCUCUAAGCUGGAGCUGCACCAGCAAGAGCAGCAAGUUCUGCAGACGGACACAGUAAAUGCCAAAGUCCUGCUUGGGAAGUGCAUAAAUGUGAUCCUGGCCUUUAUGGCCGUGCUCUUGGUAUGUGUCUCCACCAUCGCCAAGUUCGUCUCGCCCAUGAUGAAGAGCCGCUUCCACAUUCUUGGCACCUUUUUUGCUGUGACUCUGCUUGCCAUCUUCUGUAAAAACUGGGACCAUAUUCUUUGUGCCAUAGAACGGAUAAUCAUACCAAGAUGAAGCUUCCUUUGAUGUUCAUCCUCAAGUCCCUUCAUGUUUCUCUUUUAACGACCAAUUGUGUGUACUACCAAAUUGCUCCACGAAAUGGUUUGUGCCAACAGAGUCCCACACCGGAGGGACUGGAUCUGCAAGUUGUAAAUAACUCCUGUGUCUCUUCACCCAGUUCCUGUACUUGGUUAAUGUGAAUCUGUUUAAGGCUUCCCCCCACACACAUACAUGCCACCCUCCAAGCUGCUCACUGCCUUAAUCAGACCAGAUUUCUUGCUCCUCUCACACACCCCUCAUGGCAGACCUCUGGUUAUUGAGCACUUGGCAUAAUGAAUGACUCAGGAGAGGGGAAACUAAACUCUCUAAGUCUCCCUCAUGCAUGAGCACCACUGCUGUCAGCAGUAGCAUUUCCCUAAGGCCCAGAAGCUGACAGAGAGUGGUUCCAACACGUUUUGGUUACCUGGAACACACCUGUGGGAGGUCACUCUGUAGAACCCAUCCCACUGGUCCACAGAUGACCAAGGGCUUCCUAGAGCCCCAGUAUCCACAGUGGCCACUUUUAUCUGACUCUAACCUGUGAAAUCUUCUAACACCUAUUGAUCUGUGAAAAGUCUAAUGAGGUGUUUGUUCUGUUGCACUUUAAAGAAUAUGACACAAGCUUGAAAAAUGGCCUGGGAGCUACAUCUUAAACCAGUGUGGAAGGCCCCUGCCUCCUUCAACGCUUGCAGACCUGCUUUCUGAUCCCUCCUCAAAGCUCUCUAACUGGGGUCCUGUCAGCAGUGCUUGGGCAGUAAUUUAGCAGCUCACAUAGGUGCCCAUCUCCUAAUGACAGGAUUCCCCUUUUCCCCAGGCCUGCCCAGAGCUGCCCAGCAUCCUCUAAAAUGGAAACUAGUGAUGCUUAGGGCAGGCUUGGUUUUCCUCAAGAAAGGGCUGCUUAUUCCCCACUCUGAGCCAAUGUGUGCUGAGCAGGGAGCCUGAGAUGGGCUCUUGAAGAGCCCAGAGGAAUCCCCAUGAACUUGAUCUGGUGUCUGAGCCAACAGGGCAUCUAUCUCCUCAUAUCUUGUUGAAACUAGGCUCUAGGGUAGUAGAGCAGCCAGACUGGGGGAAAAGCAAGCAAGCACUCACCAGCUGUUAACUUCAUAAGUUAGCAUCUAUAGAGCAUUUGGGGUGGGUGUGCCCUUUGCUAUCUUCAGCCUAGAUGAGAUUGUCCUUUAAGUUUGUUUCUCUGUAUCCCUAGUAGAAAGGGACAGAGGAGAUACUACUGGUGGCAGUCAUGCAGCCUCUUUUCCCACCUGCCUUGUUUUGUGUGAAGGUGGAAAGACACAGUGACUGCUUAUUUUGUCCCAGAAGAUGCCAGAACCACCUGGGUUUAAGUGAAUUGGCCAUGGUGGACCAACAGCUGCUCAGAAAUCUCCUGUUUGGGGGAACAGAAGAGAAUGAUCAAGCAUUUGUGGCCCAUGUUCUGUGUAUCUAAGACCCAUUCCCUGUGACUCAAGGUUUUCUUUUUCUCAGUUUACAAUGUUUUUUUAAGCAUCUCUAAAACAAACUCAACUCUCACCAGACCGAAGCUUUAUUAAUAAACAUCUUUUUAUAAUAUGUUUACUAUAAAGUAUUGUGGAUUCUGGGAUGAGGGACUUAUGCACCCUCCCCACCCCAUGGCUGUGUCCCCUCUUACUGUCAGACUCCCCCUUGGCCUUCCAAGGGGCCAUAGAACACUGUGAUCCAUCCAGUCCAAGAGAGGGAGAGAGGCUUCUAUGUCUCAUUGCACUGACCUUCCUAUUUCCCCAUGGGCACCAUAUGUUCAUAAGCUAGAUAUCACUUACAUCCUGAAAUCACGUGGGAUCUUAGUAAGCUCCUCUUGAUUGUUAUGAAUAUCUUAUGCCCUUUGGCCAAGCCAGGAGCUGGAGUGGAUGUGGAUGUAGCAAUAG